AGCAGUUAUAUAAUUUAGCCCUUUCGUUAGGCGCGAAGAUCGAGGGUUCUUUACAUCAAGCUGUACCAAAACGUGCAACACUUUGUCCUUGAAAUUUGCUUGAAAUGGGAAAGAAAAAGGGCAAGGGAAAACGUGAGACAGAUGAAACUACCGAACCUGUACCCACAGGAGAAGUUGAAGAAGAGUACGAGGUGGAAAAAGUCAUGGACAAGCGAGUUAUAAAUGGUGGCAUCGAAUACCUUCUAAAAUGGAAAGGUUAUCCAGAUAGUGAGAACACAUGGGAAUCAGAAGAGGGCUUACAAUGCCCGGAAUUAAUAGAAGAAUACGAGAAGAAAAAGAAAGCAAGCUCGAAGCGUAAAGAUAGCACCAGUGAAAAAGGUGAAAGCAAACCAAAGAAGAGAAAGGUGAAUGCGUACGAGGAGCUGGGCAUGAAAGCGGUGGAAGUGGAGGAUGCCAGUAAGGAUGAUGUAGACCCCAUUGCUGAGGGCUGGGAGGCGGAUACCAUCCUUGGUGCCACAGAGGUUGAUGGACAGAUCCAUUUCCUUAUACAAUGGAAAAGUACGGACAGGGCCGACCUUAUACCAUCCAAGGUAGCCAACCUGAAGUGGCCCCAGAUAGUUAUCAAGUUUUAUGAAGAAAGAGUAACCUGGACCCAAGGUGAAGGUGGCCAGGUAUCUGCUAAAUAGAAGGCAUGGCUUGCCAUCUGCCGACCACAUGUGAUACCCAUCUAUAUAACCUGUUGCUAGUUAGUCUAUGGCAAGGGAACAUUCUGGUAAGGCCUUCUUUCCAAGAUAACAUGGCACAUGGUGUUUUUACUUGCUGUGAUUAAAAGAUUCAAAGGAGCUCACAGUAUUUUUCUUUAAAAGGGUACAGCUCUAGUUUGUUUUACUUUUAGAAGGUUUGGAAUAGAUAGUUAUUCAUGCAAUAGCAAACACACAUGUUGUGGAUUAUACAUCUGCUAAAGUAUGUAUGUACUUGUAGUAAGGAUGCUCUGUAGGCCUAGUAAUCCUUGCUGAGGUGGGAAUUGUCUUUUUCUCUGUAUUGAGGCUUAAAUCAAUGUUUGUCAUUUACAUCAUGUAAUUAAGUGUGAUAAGCAAACCAAUAUGAACUUCACAUGUUGUGCCCUAUUCUAAAGUCAAAUACUGGAUGACUCAUGUAUGACUAUAUCUAGCUCUGAUAUGCUUAACGCUUUUUAUCCAAUGUUUUUUGGCUCGAUACUAUAAGUUUCAACUGUUUUGUGCUCUUGUAAAUGGCCUUGUAGUUUGCAUCAUGGGGUGCCUUUCAAAGGUCGUUAGACAUAGUUUUAUCUCUGUAAAUACAUUCCUCAGUAUUACUGUUUUAACUACGUAAAAAAAAUGUCAUUGUAUAUCGUACAUAUAAUAAGAAAUUAGAACUUUAUUUUUCUGUUUUCUUAAUUAAUAUCAUUCAGUUAUUAUAAUUGUGUUUAUUUGUGAAGAUAAUACUGUAUAAAUCAACUUCUAACAAACUGUAUUUUAAUAAAUCCAUUGAUUUGACA